GCAUCCCUGCCCCUCCCAGGAAGCCACCCGGGAGCAAGAGGCCCCAUGGGGGGUCAGGGCUGGAGCCGGAGCCAACCCUGCGAGGGAGCAGGCGACGCAGAGCAGGUAAAGCAAGUCGAGGACAGCUACCAAGAGGGAUUUUAUAGCUUACUGGCUGGCUGCUUCCCGGAUCCCAGCGCUGCCCCCCACGCGAUGGUGUCUCCCCGGAUUUCCAGCACCGUCCUGGCCCUGCUCAGCCUCCUGCUGCUGCUGGUGGCCCUGGGCUCCGACCACUGGCUGGUGGACGACACCGUCCUCGGGUCCCCCCAUGAGGGGCUGUGGAAGAGCUGCCUGAAUUCGGUGUGUGAACAAAUUUCUUCAGCAUCAGUCUCUUUAAAGGUCACCAGGGUUUUCACACUGCUGGGUGUGAUCGCUGGGUUGGUCUCCUCCUUCGCUCUCUUCGCCUCGUUCCUGCGCUCCCACCCCGGCUCCGUGUCCCUGACCUUGGUCUCCUUCCUGGGCAGCUUCAGUGCAGGGCUCUGUGCCAUGAUCGCGCUGGCCGUGUACACAGGGGAGUUCGCUGGGGCCGUGAAUGCCGCCCAGAGCCAGGUCACCUUUGGCUGGUCCUUCGGCCUCGGCUGGGCCUCCUUCCUCCUCUUCCUCAUCACUGGUGCACCCUGGUUCGCGUGUUAUGUGACAGGAGGAUGGGGCCCUAGGCUGCAAAGACAGCCAGCCUGUGAAACGAACUACAGCUUUGCUGUUGAUUUAACCGGCGACCUUAGCUCACCUCCCCAUGCAGCGAUCUGGGACCCGCUGAGAGGAGCAAAUCGCGGAGCCUGUCAGUCCAGGCGCUGGCAGCCCCCCGGAGCUGCUGAGCGGGAGGAUGUGGGUGCAAGGAGCCAGGCAGAUGCCCCCUUCCACCAAGCUCUGCAUUGAAAUCCUCUUCGCACUGCUCUGCCAGGGUAAGAGAACAAUAGCAGAGACAGCUGGGCUGGCAGGAAUCCCCCAGAGCUGGGGAUAGAACCCAGGAGUCCUGGCUCCCAGUCUCCCCCUCCCUACUAGACUCCCCUUCCCUUCCAUUCCCUCCCAUAGCCAGGGAUAGAACCCAGGACUCCUGG